AUGUCUCCUGCUGGCGGUACAAUUACUUUCGUAGACAACUCCAUCUCCAACAUUAAACUGAUCAGCAACCCACACCGCCUGAAUACCCCGGAACAAUCCGGCUGCCCGGAAUUCCUCAGCCUGAGUCACAGUCCCCGGAGGCGCAUCGCCUCCGGCCGCCGCAAUGGUCCGGCAGUCGCUGCUUCGGACGCGGCGUCCCCGAGUCCGCUCGAUUGGGAGGGGCUAACGGCGAUCGCCACCACCAGCACCGCCACAGAAACCAGCGGGAAGAGCCUGGAGGGGCUGGACAGGCGGCACGGCGGACCCAAAUGGAAUUUCUUCCAACGCUGGGUAGCGUCGGCCUUGGACGCCGGGGAGGACGCAUUCAUAUGCAAGGUGCUGGACAGGCUGCGCCCCCUGCCAGAGACCGCCAACCCCGCCGUGCAGAUCGCCGGCAACUUCGCCCCCGUCGUAGAACAACCCGUCCGCCACUCGCUUCCAGUGACGGGCCUGAUACCGUCUUCCCUCGACGGCGUCUACGUCCGAAACGGCGCAAACCCGCUCUUGGAUCCCAUCGCGGGCCACCACCUCUUUGACGGCGACGGGAUGAUCCACGCCGUCUCCCUCCGCGGCGGCGCCGCCAGCUACGCCUGCAGGUUCACCGAGACAGAGCGCCUCGUCCAGGAGCGUGCCAUAGGGCGGCCGGUGUUCCCCAAGGCCAUCGGCGAGCUGCACGGCCACUCGGGCAUUGCACGCCUGGUCCUCUUCUACGUACGCAGCCUUUUCCGCCUAGUCGACCACACCCGCGGCACCGGCGUGGCUAACGCUGGGCUCAUCUACUUCAACUCACGCCUGCUCGCCAUGUCCGAGGACGACCUCCCCUACCAGAUUAGAAUCACCCCAUCAGGCGACCUCCAGACUGUCGGCCGCUACGACUUCGACGGGCAGCUCCAGUGCGCCAUGAUCGCUCACCCCAAGCUGGACCCCACCUCCCGGGAGCUGUUCUCCCUGAGCUACGACGUCGUCCGCAAACCCUACCUCAAGUACUUCUGGUUCUCCGCCAGCGGUAGAAAGUCUCCCGACGUCCAGAUCCCCAUCGAUCGGCCGACGAUGGUGCACGACUUCGCCAUCACGGAGAACUUCGUGGUGAUCCCGGACCAGCAGAUGGUCUUCAAGCUGGAUAGGAUGCUCCGAGGCCAGUCUCCAGUGGUCUUCGACGGGGAGAAGGCCUCUCGGUUCGGCGUCCUCCCGAGGUACGCCGGCGAUGCGUCGGAGAUCAUGUGGGUGGACGUCCCAGAGUGCUUCUGCUUCCACCUUUGGAAUGCGUGGGAGGAGCCCGCCACCGGCGAGGUCGUCGUCAUUGGCUCCUGCAUGAACCCGCCGGACAAACUGUUCAACGAGUCCGCCGGGCAGAGCCUGCAGAGCGUCCUCACCGAGAUCCGGCUUAAUCCCGGCACCGGCGGGUCCUCACGCCGGCCCAUCGUUCCCCCGUCAGCCCACCUGAACUUGGAGGCCGGCAUGGUGAACCCCGGCAGGAUGGGGAGGCGGACGCGCUACGCCUACCUCGCCAUCGCAGACCCCUGGCCCAAGGUGUCGGGCUUCGCCAAGGUGGACCUCUCCUCCGGGAAGGUCACCAAGUUCGUGUACGGUGACCACCGCUACGGUGGGGAGCCCUACUUUGUGCCGUCUCACCGCCAAUCGGCUGAGGAAGAAGACGACGGGCACGUCAUCACCUUCAUGCACGACGAGCGUACGUCGGAGUCAGAGCUCCUGAUCAUUAACGCUGCAGACAUGCGGCUGGAGGCGUCCGUCAAGCUGCCCUCGAGGGUCCCGUACGGCUUUCACGGGAAGUUCAUCAACGCCACAGACCUGGAAUCCCAAGCAUGA